AUGCUGAAUGUCGCGCAGCGAUUCCACAUCCUGCCACAUCUAGAGUGUAAUGUCACCUGGGUUGGAAGUACCUGGAUAGAAGACCGAAAAUGCUGGAUCGUCGAGCUCCAAAACACGCAAACCGGGGAGCGAUACGUCCAAGAAUGCGCGGUUCUGAUCAGUGCCGUCGGCCAUCUGGUAGACCCCAAGAAACUCGAUGUCCCUGGGAAAGAAACGUUCCAGGGCCAGAUCAUUCAUUCGAGUAAAUGGACGGAAGAGGUGGAUUUGACGGGGAAGAAUGUGGUGGUGUUGGGAAAUGGAAGUACUGCGGUACAGAUUGUCCCUGCGAUUCUGGACGACGUUAAGCAAUGCACGCAGAUCCAACGAGCCCCCCAAUGGAUCCUCAACCGCCCAAACCCAUACGUCCCCGAGAGCGUACGAAAAUGCCUCGCCCUCUUCCCCGUCCUCUUCGUCAUGCUACAGCAUUGCGGAUUCGCGCUUGCAGAACUCUUUUACCCUCUCUUAGGUCGACGGAUUCCUCGCAUCAGCAAAUCGCAUCUCCAAUCCUGCGGAGUCCCCGAGAAAUACCACUCCCUGCUAACGCCAUCGUACGAACCCGGCUGCAAACGCCUCGUCUUCGCCUCCUCGUACCUUCAAAACCUCUCGAACCCGAAACUCCACCUCCUACAGGACGAAAUCACCUCCCUUUCCCCCUCCGCCGUUGAAUUAAGGUCCGGCCUCUCGGUGCCCUGUGACGUGCUGAUCCUCGCGCACGGAUUCGAAUCUGAUACCUUUCAUUUCCCGAUCAAGGGGCGAAAGGGUCGUACGACCGCGAGGCAUUGGGAAGAGGUUGGAGGGCCGAGUUGCUAUAAGGGAUGCGCGAUGCAUGGGUUUCCGAAUUUCUUUAUGAUCAGGGGACCGAAUAUGGCGUCGGGACAUAACUCCGUGAUCUACUACAUCGAAAUGACCGUCGCUAUGAUCCUGAAGGUCGCGACCCCACUCAUCCAAGGACGCGUACGGAGCGUCGAAGUCAGGCCCCAGGUCGAGAAAUCAUACGUCGCUGUUGUUCAGGAGGCUUGUAAAAAGGGCGUCUGGGGACGAGGAUGCUCGACAUAUUAUGUCGACGGGACGGGGUGGAACCAUACGAUUUAUCCGUGGAACAGCUAUUGGUUGUGGUUUCAUCAGUUUGAGCGGGUGAGAAAUUGGAGUUUGGAGGUUUGA